AUGGGCAAAAUAUCCUUUGCCACGCCCCUCCCACAACCAACACGCUCCGAAGUGCUGGAAUGGAAAUUCCCGAGGCCACACAACCACCUCGUUCUGACGGGCCGAUCCCGCGCGGCUUGGCACACAUCCUUCGUCAUCCCCCAGCUCAACCUCCUCCUCGACGCCGGCCUCUGUGUCAACAAGCAAAGGCCAAAGCACAUCUUUCUCACCCACGGACACGCAGACCACACGCUCCUAGCGUUCGCCUUUGUGAAAAGAGAAGAUCCCCCAGACGUGUAUUGCCCCGCAGAAAUGAAGCACAUCUUCGACACUCAUAUUCUCGGCACGACAAUGAUGAACCUGGGAGGCCUCGUUGAGGUAGGUGAUGCAGAGAAGCAAGGCUACAAAGUAGACGACGCGAAUGGAGAAACAGACGUCGACGGGCGAACGCCCCAGGAGCGGGCAUUUCUAAACACCCACAUCACCCACGGCGUCAAGCACGGAGACACAGUCCCGCUCCGGCGACUCAAGGGCAUCACAGCCACAGCGUUCAACUGCGACCACACCGUUCCCUGCGUAGGAUACGUCUUCUCAUCCACUACUAACCGCUUGAAGCAAGAAUACAAAUCGCUCGCCGGGCCCCAGCUUCGGGAUCUGCGACGGUCGGGCGUGGAAAUCACAGAACCUCACUCGGUGCCCAUGUUUGCGUUUCUGGGCGACACCACAAUCGCCACCUUGGCUUCCGAGCCGCCCUGGCUGCGGGACGGGAUCCCCGUUGUCAUUACAGAGUGCAGCUUCUUGUACGAGGCCCACGCCGCGCAGGCGGACAAAACCAAGCACACAAAGUGGAGCGAUUUGGAGCCCGUCAUACGCAUGUGGCCGGGAACUACCUUUAUUUUGAUCCAUUUUAGCAUGAGGUACUCGGAUAGACAGGUUUGUCAGUUCUUCACGGACUUGGAGGAUGCGCCGACGAAUAUGGUCAUCUGGGCAGACCCGGAGGAUUAA